AUGGCAGGAUUUCCUAAUAACAAGGAAGCUAUACCGAAAGAGUUAAGAUACAUGCAAAUGAUACAAGAAUCAUGUUUACUUAAAGUCGGUUUCGCUGGGUUUGUAUUGGGUGGAGUAGUUGGGAUGUUUAUGUCAUCAUUUGAAAUGGCUUCGGUAGAUCCAGCAAUUUAUGAACAACCAAUGAAACAGCAAUUAAAAGCGACUGCAAAGGAUAUGGCACAACGAUCUUUUUCCAUGGCGAAAAAUUUUGCUUUAGUUGGAUCAAUUUUUUCUGGUACCGAAUGUGUGAUCGAAACUUACCGAGCAAAGAAUGAUAUAUAUAAUGGUACUGCAUCUGGCUGUAUAACUGGCGCCGUAUUGGCUGCUAAAUCUGGUCCACAAGCUGCUUUAAUUGGAUGUGCAGGAUUUGCAGCCUUUUCAACAGCCAUCGAAUUUUAUAUGAGGAGAGAAUAA